UUUGCUCCAAUCGGGAAGCGGAGCCGGGUUAGGCCCGAAGCCUGGGGGUCGGAGUGAGUGAGUAUCCGGGACAUCUCUCCCUGUCCCCCCGUGUGGGUGAGCAGUGAGCUGUCGGUGGGACGGAGAGAGAGGGCGAUGAUCUCUCAGCUCUUCAUCGUGUCGGCCCGAGGAGACCACCUCAUCUACAAGGACCUUCGAGGGGAGGAGUCAAAGGAUGUGGUCGAUAUUUUCUACCAGAAGGUGAGGUCUUUGCCCCGAGACCAGGCCCCUGUUGUCAUGCAUCACCAGGGCCUGCAGUUUAUUCACAUCCGACAGGACACGCUCUACCUGGUGGCGACCACACGUUGCAACGUCUCUCCGUUCACUGUCGUCCAGUUCCUCGUCAGGUUGGUCAGUCUCAUUAAGGAUCACUGUGGAACUCUGAAUGAGAAGACGCUGCAGUUAAAUUUCGCUCUGGUCUAUGAACUGCUGGAUGAAAUGUUGGAUUAUGGGUACAUACAGACCACCUCCAGCGACAUCCUGAAGAAUUUCAUUCAAACGGUGCCAGAAACAUCCAAACAAUUCAACCUCUUUGAACUCAGCAACAUUGGCCUGUUUGGAGCAGACACCCAGCAGAGCAAAGUGGCUCCCAGCAUCGCUGCAAGCAGACCGGUGUUCGCAAUGCGCACUGAAGAGGGGCUGAAGACGGAAAUCUUUGUGGAUGUCAUUGAGCGACUGACGGUGGUCAUCGGAGCCAACGGCAGUUUGAUGAGGGCGGAUGUUCAGGGAGAGGUGCGGAUGAAAUGUUUCUUGCCCAGCAGCACAGAAAUCCGAAUGGGGUUGAAUGAGGAGUUUAGCAUUGGGAAAGCCGACAUCCGAGGUACAGUACACACCUACGCCUUGACAACAAUACCUCCAAGUUUCGUGUCAUCUGCUAAGUUUGAAACUGUGUCCUGGCCAGUUGAGGAGGGAUUGCUCCAGAUUGAGGGGGUAGGGAGAACUGUUUUGAUGAACACCGAGAUAUUGGAGGCUCUGUUGGGCUUAAAAACAGACAAGUCCCCUGGCCCGGAUGAACUGCAUCCCAGGCUGCUUAAGUUGGUGCAGUCUCAUAUAAAUACCAUCAUCUGUAUUUGUGUUGAUUCUCCUUUCUCUCUCUCUCUCUCUCUCUCUGUCUCUCCCCAGCUGACUGUGAUGCAGUAUUCGUUAUCGGACGAUCUUCCAGUCUCUCUCCCGUUCCGACUGUUCCCAACUGUGGACAAGGACACCGACAGCAACCGCCUCAUGGUGUAUCUCAAACUCAGGUGUGAUUUGUCUCCAAAGAGUCAAGCUUUGAACGUCACUGUACACCUACCUGUGCCCAAAGGGACAACAAGUCUGUCACAGGAGCUGAGCAGUCCCGAUCAGCGUGCAGAGCUGGACUCAGUCACUCGGUCUGUGCACUGGACCAUCCCACGUUUCCACGGAGGCUCUCAGCUCUCUGCCCUCUUCAAGCUGGAGGUUCCAGGAUUAAGCGCCUCGUCUCUGCUGGAGCUGGGUCCCGUCUGCAUGCAGUUCGAGCUCCCCAUGAGCACCUGCUCAGGGCUGCAGGUUAGGUUCCUGCGUGUAUCCAGCACACAUCCCCCACUGCCCCAUCGGUGGGUCCGCUACGUCACACACAGCGACUCCUACGUCAUCCGCCUGUGAAUGGGAAGGAGUGGGGGCCUCUUGGGUCUGCAAAGUGGUCUCAGGCGAGGGGGCUUGACCGAAAAGCAAAAUGGUCUCUCUUCUGGAGCGAGGACGGCCCUGGGUUGCUUCAAGUCAGCACCUCAGGUCACAGCUAUGAGGGGAGCCUCUCCAACACACCUUGCCACUGAUGCAGAUCAUGCCAAAAACUGUGCUCAACCAUGUCUGAAUGGGAUAUGGCGGGGGAUGGAGGGAGGGGAUUUUUCUAAACAAGCGUACAAAUAAAAACCUAAGAUGAAGUUGUCAGUA